AGUGGGAUUUCCUUGGGAAUUUCCUGGUGGGACAAUGAGGGGACUCAUCCAGGUUUUUCCCGUUGCAGCUGCCGGAGGAGGACGCAGGGGAAGGACGAGGAGGAGGCUCAGAUCGGCCCCAAAAGGAUCAGGAAGGCGGCGAAGCACGAGAUCCUCCUCUGCGACUUCGAGGGCUGCGGGAAAAUCUUCUCCAACCACCAGUACCUGAACCACCAUCAGAAGUACCAGCACGUGCACCAGAAAAGCUUCGCCUGCCCCGAGCCCUCCUGCGGCAAAUCCUUCAACUUCAAAAAGCACCUCAAGGAGCACCAGAAGCUGCACAGCGACCAGCGGGAUUUCAUCUGCGAGUUCUGCGCCCGCUCCUUCCGCACCAGCAGCAACCUCCUCAUCCACCGGCGCAUCCACACCGGGCAGAAGCCACUCCAGUGUGAGAUCUGCAGCUUCACAUGGCGCCAAAAGGCCUCCCUGAACUGGCACAUGAGGAAACACGACGCCGACUCCUCGUACCAGUUCAUACACCAGAUCAGGACGGGAUCUACAUUCGAUACUGUACUGAUGGAAGCCCUUUCAACCUAAGGCGACUGAAGGCCCACACCAAGACCUUAAACCAUCUUGUCCAGGAGCUGCUUUAUGCUGAUGACGCCG